AUGGCAAAGGUGUUUGUGAAUAUAUGGGCAGGGCUGGUUGUUUGCCUGAUAGCCGCAUGUGGUGCUGAGCCCCCCUCUGAUGAAGUGCGCAAGGCGAUACCAAUUGUCGCCUCACAAGGCGAAGCAGGGGUGUCGGAAGUGAUCGGCCAGACCGCCUAUGGGGCGGUUCGAGGUGUGCGUGACAACCGUAUUCUGACUUUUAAAGGGGUUCGUUACGGCGCCGACACAUCUACCACCCGAUUUGCCGCGCCUGCACAACCUGCGCCCUGGGCGGACAUCCAGUCUGCAACUGCUUUUGGAGCAACCUGCCCACAAACACCAACCGGAAAUCCCGGUGGUUUGUUCACGUCAUGGGCAACCGUGCCCACGCCGCCAAUGAGUGAAGACUGCCUGUUUCUGAAUGUCUGGACACCUGCUUUAGCUGACGGCGGCAAGCGGCCGGUCAUGGUCUGGUUCCAUGGCGGUGGAUUCUCUUCAGGCAGCGGUUCGUCGCGGGCGUAUGAAGGUACACGCCUGGCCCAGCGUGGAGAUGUUGUGGUGGUGACCGUCAACCACCGGCUCAAUGUUCUGGGUUAUCUGGCACUUGGGCACUAUGGCGAAGGCUAUGAAGAUUCGGCUGUUGCCGGUGUGCUUGAUAUGGUGCUGGCCCUAGAGUGGGUGCGGGACAAUAUCGCAGCUUUUGGCGGCGAUCCCGACACGGUGAUGAUUUUUGGGGAAUCCGGCGGUGGUGCAAAAGUAUCUACCUUAAUGGCAACACCAGCGGCGCAGGGUCUGUUCCACCGCGCAGUGGUGCAGUCCGGCGUCAUGCUUCGUUUUCCCGAGCAGGGUGUUGCCCGGGCCGCUGCAGAUAAGGUGGUGGCGAAUCUUGGGCUGAAUGCAGACACGCUGGCGCAGAUUAAGACGCUACCCGAAGAUGUCAUUCGCGCAGCUUUCGAAGGCACUGGCGCGGCAACCGCACCUUCUAUCGACGGACGCACGUUAACCCGCCACCCGUUUGAACCUGACGCGGCGCCCUGGGGUCGAGAUGUACCGAUGAUGCUGGGGACAAACCGCACGGAAAAUUCGCUAUUUGUCGGUGGCGCUAACCCUGCGAUUUUCGACCUGACGUGGGCACAGUUGCCUGAUGUUCUGCAGCGAAGCUAUCCCGACAAAGAAGUUGAAGCCAUCAUUGCCGGAUAUCGGGCGCUGCAACCGGAAUCCACUGCGGUAGAUAUCUACUUUGAGGCAACCACAGAUUCGCGCUGGCUAGCUGGUCACGUGCAGCAGGCAGAGCGUAAGGUGCGCCAGGGUGGCGCGCCCACCUAUCUUUAUCUGUUUAAUUGGAAUACGCCUGUCGAUGGAGGAAAGUGGCGCUCGCCCCAUGCACUGGAAAUCGGCUUUGUUUUUGACAAUGUUGCAAACUCUGAAAGUAUGUCCGGGGUAGGGCCAGACCAGCAGCGAGUUGCAGACAUUAUGGCUGAUACCUGGAUUGCCUUUGCGCGCACCGGCAAGCCGGACAAUCCAGCGAUACCCGCCUGGCCGGCAUACAACCUCGAGACCCGUCCAAUGAUGGUGUUGGAUUUAACCCCUGAGCUGGUCAAUGAUGCAAGAGCGGCUCAGCGUGCUCUGUUUGAUGAUAGUGCCGCUUAUGGUAAUCGCUACCAGCCGGGUGAGGUGGUCAACCCCCGUGUGGUUGCAGAAUUGGUUGCAGAGCCAGAUGGGCCGCGCGCCGCCAGAGUGAUGUUGUUGACCAUACCGAAUGAACGCGUGAUACCUGUAAAUUAUCUGCGCGAGGGUUCACUGGUCUUUGUCGGUGCAGAUGGCCCAUGGUGGAGAGAUCUUUUACCUGGCGAUGUGCCGGUGCAGAUGUUCAUUCGUGGUGAUGAUCUCCACGGCGUAGCCAACGUGGUGGACGAUGAUCCGGACUAUACAAAAAAGAUUUUUGCUCGGCUGCGCCCGGAUGUACCUGAUUGGCUGCCUUCCUGGGCUAAUGCAAAGCUGGUGGUGAUAACCCUUUCGCCCAGUGUCACUGUGUUAGAACAGGCGCCUGAGUUUGCUGAAGUGGGCGCGGGUAUUCAGCUGUCGCCAAACGGUACGCAGUUCAGACACUGGCGUCGUGGCAAUGUGAUCAGUGAGAGCAGCCUUGAUGAACAGGUGUUAAGUCGCUAUGGCGCACCUUACUAUCAUAUUCAUCGCGGCGAUCUGAUGGCCGCUCUGGUUAACGCUGCGCAUGCGCAUACAGAUAUUGAACUUUAUUCCGGGGUAGCAGUGAGCGGGUUUGACGACACGCCUGAUGGUGUCUGCCUGAUCGCAACAGCUGCAUCACACACAGGCGAUGUGCUGGUCGGUGCAGACGGUAUUCAUUCCAGAAUCCAGGCUGUUUUAUGGGGCGAACAAGCGCCUCAGUUUACCGGCAACGUGGCUUGGCGGGCACUGGUACCUGCCGCGCAGCUGCCGGCCAACCUGAUUCGCCCGGUCUCCACGGUCUGGUGGGGUCCGGGCAAACACUUUGUGCACUACUACGUGGGUGGUGGUGAAUGGGUUAAUUGUGUUUGUGUGGUGGAAAAAAGCGGAUGGCAGGUUGAAUCGUGGACCGAGCAGGGCGACUUUGAUGAGUUGCGUCAGGAUUUUGCAGGUUGGCAUAGCGACAUACAGCAGUUAUUGGAGGGUGUCGAUAAAACCCAGUUGUACAAGUGGGCAUUGUUUGACCGGGCGCCGAUGUCGCAAUGGGGUAAAGGCAGAGUGACGCUGUUGGGUGAUGCGUGUCAUCCCACCCUGCCUUUCAUGGCCCAGGGUGCGGCCAUGGCAAUUGAGGAUGCAGCGGUACUGGCUGGUUGCCUGAACGAAGCCUCUGAUGUGACUGCUGCACUGCAGCGUUAUGAAGAUUUGCGUCGUGCUCGAACGGCCCGUAUUCAGGCCGGCUCGCGGCGCAAUGCUCGAGUUUUCCAUCUGUCGGGGAUACCGGCCUGGUUGCGUAACCGUGCAGCGAAACGCGCAGGCGGCCGCGCGAUGGAUGAACUCUACCGCUACGAUGCGCUGAAAGUGGCCGUCACAGCAAGGCAGGUUCCAGCAGAUGCGUUGUGGGGUGCCCAGACGCAACGGGCCCUUGAUAAUUUUGCGAUCAGUGGAGCGCCGAUGCCGUUGGUAUUCAUCCAGGCGCUGUUGAUGCUCAAGCGCGCUGCAGCACAGGCGAAUACUGAAUUAGGUCUGCUUGAACCUGACCUUGGCCAGGCGAUAGCGCAAGCUUGUCUGCAGUUGAGUCAGGCUGAAGAUCUGAUGUCACAUUUUCCGGUUGACGUCUAUCAGACAGGUUCAGGCACCAGUACCAACAUGAAUGCAAACGAAGUGGUUGCCACGCUGGCCAGCGAUUUGUGCGGCAGGGAUAUCAGUCCUAACGAUCAUGUUAAUCUGGGCCAGAGUAGUAAUGAUGUCAUUCCUUCAACCAUUCAUAUCAGUGCUGCAAUUGCUUUAAAAACCCAGUUGUUGCCAGCACUCGAACAUCUGAGUGACCAGUUGCGCAGGAAAGCACUGCAGAUCGGCCAUUAUGUUAAAACCGGGCGUACGCAUCUGAUGGACGCGAUGCCCGUUACCCUGGGCCAGGUGUUGGGUGGCUGGACGGCUCAGGUGGAUGCAAACAUCAAGCAGCUGUCAGGUUUGAUGGAAUCUGUGCAAUCGCUGGCCAUAGGUGGUACGGCGGUUGGCACCGGCGUUAACGCACAUCCCGAAUUUGCCGAGAAAAUCUGCCAGAAACUGUCAACGAUCAGUGGUACCCACUUUGCAGUCACCACUAACCACUUUGCGUUGAUUGGUGCUCAGGACACCGCGGUUGCGUUAUCCGGAGGGUUGAAAACCUGUGCCGUCACAUUGAUGAAACUUGCAAAUGACCUGCGCUGGAUGAAUUCCGGACCUCUGGCUGGCCUUGCAGAAAUUGAACUACAGGCUCUGCAGCCGGGUUCGUCGAUCAUGCCGGGUAAGGUCAACCCCGUGAUCCCUGAAGCGGCAGCGAUGGUUGCCGCUCAAGUCAUAGGCAACGAUGCGGCGAUCACGGUAGCCGGCCAAUCCGGUAAUUUUGAGCUGAAUGUCAUGCUGCCACUGAUCGCCAACAAUCUGCUCAAUAGCAUCAACCUGCUGAGUAACGUCAUACCGCUGCUUGCAGAUAAAGCCAUAGCCACCUUCGAGGUGAAUGAAAAGAGUAUUGGCGCUUCGCUGCAGCGAAACCCCAUUCUUGUAACCGCUCUGAAUCCGGUGGUGGGUUACAUGAAAGCAGCUGAGAUAGCCAAACAGGCCUAUGAACAAAAUCGCCCCGUCGUAGAGGUCGCCGCAGAACUGACGGAUAUACCAAUUUCAGAACUGCGCGUUUUGCUGGAUCCAGCAAAACUGACCUGA